AUGGUAAGAUCAUCAUCAACAAUAAAAUCAACUAUUGGAUUGAUUGAUAUUGGUUCAUGUCCAUUACAUCUAAUUCAUAAUUCAUUUAAAAUAGGCAUGGAUAAUACAAAAUGGUCAAUUGAAGAAUUUCUUAAUAAUUUGGGUUUUUGGUUUAGUCGUUCGCCAUCACGUCGUGAAGAUUAUUUAAAUGUAACUAAAACACUUUCGAAUAAAGUUGGUAAAUUUAUUCGUCGUUUUAUUAUGACACGAUGGCUUGAUGCUGGACCAAUAAUUGAACGUGUUAUUGAACAAUGGCUUAAUCUUAAAGAAUAUUUUCUUCAAUUUAUUCCAAUAAAUAAUAAAAUUUCAAUAAAUAAUCAACAUUAUGUACAAAUAAAAUUAAUUCUUCAAACAAGAAUUAUUUUCAUACGUUUAAAUUUUCUUGUUUUUCUUUAUCAUAAUAUAUAUAAACAUAUUUUAACAUGGUUUCAACAAACUCAACCAUUAAUACAUUUAUUACAUAAUGAAUGCGAACAAUUAAUUCGACGAUUAUUUACAUGUUUUAUCAAGGAAGAUUUAAUUAAAAAUAAAACAUUAGAUGAAUUAAUUCAUAUUUCAUAUCAUAAUCAAAAAAAUCAAAAAUCUGAUUCAAGUAAUAUGAUUUUAUUUAUGCAUAAUAUGACUUUGUUCGUUUAUUUAGAUAUAGAUUUAGGUGAAGCAACUCGUCGUUGUUUAUAUAAUUUAUCCGAAGAGGAAAAUAAAAUAUUUUUCAAUGAUAUUCGUAAUCUUUAUACAUCAAUUGCUCAUGAACUUCUACGAACAUUACCAUUAAAAAAUAAUUUACUUCGACAUUUACAAUGUCUACAUCCAACAAUGCGUCAUUCUACAACAUCUCAUAAAAGUAUUAUGAAUAUUGCUCGAAGUUUUCCUCAAUUAAUUCAAUCGAAUGAUAUCGAUCGUAUAGGUGCUGAAUGGUACAUAUAUCAAAAUGAAAAUAUUCCAAAUGAAUGGUUUGGAAAAAGUCAUGAAUAUCAAUCAAUUGAUUAUUAUUGGAAACAUAUUUUUACAUUGAAGACAAAUACUGGUAUAGAUAAAUUUCUUGCUUUACCUAAAUUAAUAAAAUGUGUACUUGCAUUAUCACAUGGUAAUGCUGAUAUUGAAAGAGGAUUUAGUGAAAAUGCUUUUCUUUUAACAAACGAACGUUCACUUCUUAGUCAUGCAUCAAUCAAUGGUUUACGUGCAACAAGAGAUGGAGUGAAAUUUUUUGGUAAUGGAAAACCACAUGAAGUAUCUAUUACAAAAAAUCUUCUUGAUUAUGUUCGUAAUGCUCAUUCACGUUAUUGUAUGGAUUUAGAAAAACAACAAGAAAAAUUAUUAACUAAAAAAAGAACAUUUACAGAACAACAACUAACAAAUGAUUUAUAUAAAAAUUUAAUUCAUAUACAAAAAAUGAUUGAUGAAGGUACAGAACGUUUAAAAAAAGCAAUAUUAUUAAAAGAUUUUCAAAAAAUCGAAAUCGCACAAUUACUUAUUCAAGAUGAAAAUAAAAAAUUAGCAAUUAUAAGUAAACAAAUUUCUAUUAAUAAUGAACAAUCAAAUCAAUCAAGAAAAAAACAAAAAAAAUAA